UGGCUCAGCUCAGUUGCAUAAAGCUACAGUGAGGAGUCCUAGAGGCUGCUGAGGCCUCCUGAGGAAGGAGCCUGAGUCCCAGGAAGAGGAGGAGGGCCCCAAGUAGGACCCAGGCAGCCAGAAAGCCUCCAGGAAAGGAACAUGGAUGCUGUCACCCUGGUCCGGAGUCUCCAGCAGGAGACCACCUGCAGCAUCUGUCUGACGUUCUUCACAAAGCCCGUCACCCUCAACUGUGGCCACAGCUUUUGUCAGUUUUGUCUGACCAAGGACAGGGAAGCGGAGGCCAAACAAAUCUCUUGCCCCGAUUGCAGGGAAGUAUCCCAGAACUUCCCCGGCCUCAAUGUGCCCCUAUCAAAGCUGGCUGCUGUCUGCAAGAGCCUCAACUCUGAGAAGCUGGAGAACCCUGUGGGACAAACCCGCUGUCAAAAGCAUCAACAGGUCCCCAAGCUUUUCUGUGAGGAGGACCAGACCUCCAUCUGCGUGGCUUGUACCGAAGCUCAGGAACAUGGGACUCACACCCUUUCCCCCAUUGAAGAGGCUGCUCAGAACUGCAGGGAGAAACUCCAGAACUCUGUUCCUCAUUUGAAAAAGAAGAUGAAGGAAUUGAAGGAACUUACUGCUUCAAAGAAAAAUAGAAUAAUUCAGUGGAAAAAGUUGAUUAGAGGAGAAUAUUCAAGAAUGCACCUAUACCUGUAUGAGGAAGAGAGAAGAUGUUUGGACAGGGUAAAACAUGAUGAAUGGAGGUCUUUCCAGCUAAAGGAAAAGUACUAUAACAUGAUAAAUCAACAUGUAAAAAACAUAGAAGAUACCCUCCGAGAGAUAGACGAAACAAGACACAGACCUGAUUUAGACCUGCUGGAGGAAGGCAAAGAGCUUUUGCAAACGAGUGAGCUGCAGCUUUCUGAAAGGCCCAAGUCUUUCACUCCAGAGUUAAGAGACUAUCCUAUCACUGGGGUGAAGGCCAUGUUACAGAAAUUAAAAGUGAAUGUCACUAUAGAUCCCACAACAGCCGGUCCCUAUUUCAUCGUUUCUGAAGAUUUGAAGAGUGUGAGACACAAAGACGACUCUCCGGAUCAGUCCAAAAGUGCUGAAAAGGCUCCUUAUCAUUUUGUCCUUGGCCAGCAGGGGUUCAGCACUGGGAUACACUACUGGGAGGUGGAUGUGAGUGAGCAGCCUCAGUGGGCACUGGGCAUCUCUGUCAAGUGUCUCAGGAAGAGGAAGUCGAUCCAGUACACUGUUGGGUAUCUGUACAUGCUUCGCUGUGAGAAGAGGGGAAAUGAGUUUUACCUGGUCGCCCGACCAGGGCUAGUUUGCCAGAAAAUGAAAGGCCCUGUGCCUGUCAUUGGCGUGUAUCUGAAUUGUAACGAUAGAAUUCUCCUGUUCUAUAAUGCUUUCAAAGCCUGCCUCAUCUAUGGAAUGCACACUGUGCCAUUCAAAGAGCCCGUCAGACCUCUCUUCUGUCCUUGUCCCCCGAUGCUAGGAACAAAGAUUGGUUCCUUGACCAUCUGUCCAAUGGAAAAUAGUAUGAAUAUGGAUCCUGUCACCCUGGUCCAGAGUCUCCAGCAGGAGACCACUUGUGGCAUCUGUCUGACAUUCUUUACAAAGCCCGUCACCCUCAACUGUGGGCACAAUUUUUGCCAGUUUUGUCUGAGUAGAAGCAGGGAGGCUGGGGUCACACAUUUCUCUUGCCCUGAAUGCAGGGAAGUCUGCCAGAGCUUCCCUGGCCUCAAUGUGCGCUUGUCAAAACUGGCUGCCAUCUGCAAGAAGCUUAGUGCUCAGAACCUACAGAAUCCUGUGGGACAGCGUUGCUGCCAGGAGCACCAGCAGGUCCCUAAGGUCUUCUGUAAGGAGGACCAGACCACCCUCUGUUUAACCUGUACUGAAGCUCAGGAGCAUGAGACCCACACCCUUUCCCCCAUUGAUGAGGCUGCUCAGAACUUCAGGGAGAAACUCCUGGACACUAUGCCCAGUUUGAGAAAAAAGAUCAAGGAACUGAAAGAACUUAAUGUUUCAAAGAAGGAUAGAGAAGUGAAGUGGAGAAAGCUGAUUAGAGGGGAAUAUGCAAGAAUGCACCAGUUUCUGAAAGAGGAAGAGCACAGAUGCCUCGAUGUGGUGACAAAUGAUGAAGCCAUGACUAACCAGUUAAUGGAUAGCUACUACAGUGAAUUGCACCAGCAUUUUAAAAACAUGGAAGAUACUGUCCGAGAGAUGGAGGAGACAAAGAGAAGACCUGAUUUAGAGCUCCUUCAGGAAGGGAAAGAGCUAUUGCAAACAUGUGAAUCAAUGCUUUCUGAAAGGCCCAAGUCUUUCAUCCCAGAGCUAAGAGAAUAUCCUGUCGUUGGGAUGAAGGACAUGCUAAAGAAAUUCAGAGUAAAUGUCACUAUGGAUCCUACAACAGUCAAUCCCUAUUUCGUUUUGUCUGAAAAUCUGAAGAGUGUAAAACUUAAAAACAACUCUCUGGAUCAGCCAGACUGUGCAGGAAAAGUUCAACAUUUUAUCCUUGGUCAGCCGGCAUUCAGCUCUGGUGCCUACUACUGGGAGGUGGAUGUGAGUGAGCAGCCUCAGUGGGCACUGGGCAUCUCUGUCAAGUGUCUCAAAAAGAGGAAGACGAUCCAGUACACGGCUGGGUAUCUGUACAUGCUUCGCUGUGAGAAGAGGGGAAAUGAGUUCUACCUGGUCACCCGACCAGGAUUAGUUUGCCAGCUAAUGAAAGUUCCUGUGCCUGUAGUUGGCAUCUAUCUAGAUUGUAAUGACAGAACUCUCCUGUUCUAUAAUGCUACCAAAGCAUCUUUGAUCUAUGAAAUGCACAUUAUGCCAUUCAAAGAGCCUGUCAGGCCUCUCUUCUGUCCUUGCCCCCCAAUGCUAGGAACAAAGAUUGGCUCAAUGACCAUCUGUCCAGUGAAAUGUAAUAUUUGUGGGAACGCCUGUCUCUGACCAUGAGCAUCUCUUUUUUGUGAAGGAAUGCUCAGAAAAGCCAAGCUUCUCACUGUUUAUGGUUGCUAUAAAGAAUAAAAAUAGGGUCAACUUGGCAGAGAUAUUUCAGCUUUUGCUGAAGAUUAGCCCUUAGGAGGAUCCAGUUUGCUCACAAGUUUAAGACUGCCUGUAGCAAUGCCAGUUUAAGGGCAUUGAAAUAUUCUCAAGUGGUUUGUUUUCUACCAUUCUCAAUGUAUAAUAUGUUGAUUUAUUACCACAAUAAAUCAAAUUUGUUUGAACAGUU